AUGGACCAUGCCGGGUAUUCCUCACCUCACCCAGUAUGUACCUCAGCUUGUCGGCAUUUGCCGGCCAGGACCCUGACCAACGCGCUCUGGCAAUAUCGAAAUAGGGUUCUACCUACUCUGCCCCGACGUGGCAACGCUCUCCUUCACGGCCUCGCAAGGAUGGCAUGCAGCACCAGGGCGACAAAUAACACUACAAAACGCGUGGUGGAGGCCGACAAACCUGAGGCGAAUGAAGAGGAUGUAUUCGGGGACAGCGAGCUUAGUGAGUUGAGCGAAGAUUCCUCCGACGAGGGGAGUGACUACGAAGCAACCAGAAGAAAGUCGGGGAAGGCACCUCCAGCGAAGAAGGCGAAAACAGGUCCUGGCGCGUCCAAGUCAACGAAAUCACCAGGGAAGAAGGGCUCUAGGCAGACCAAUAGCCUGAGCCUACUCCCAACGAUGCCUUUGGACGUCCUUUUUGAGGUCUUCUCGCACCUAUCUCCGAAGGACAUCAUCAACCUCGCGAGGACAAGCCGCAUGUUCCGCGAAACUCUAAUGACAACAAACGCGACCACGGUUUGGAAGACUGCAAGGGAACAGGUCGGGGCUCCGGAUUGCCCGUCGUAUAUGAGCGAGCCGCAGUGGGCCGUUCUCCUCUUUGGAAACGUUUGUCAGACUUGUGGUGCGAAGAACAUCCAAAGAGUGGACUUCGGCCUUCUCCGGCGCGUAUGUACGAAUUGCAAGAAAGCACAUCUUGUUGUGGAAUCAAAGUUUGAAGCACGUUUUCCUGACAUCGACGACGAGGUCCUCGGCUUUGUCCUGUACACGAAGAUUGGCGGCUGGUCGCAUGGAUAUGCCCGUAGCAGCCGCUUUUUCUGGGCAGCCGACAUCGAUCGCAUGGUCCGUAAAUUAGCUGAAUAUCAACAUAAUGUGCACCUUCGUCGUGCAGGAGCCCAACAGGCGCUCAAAGACUUCAAGGCCCGGCGGAUGGAGCUGGUUCAGGAUGUUCGAGAGAACAUCAAAGAGAGAGAAGAUUGGUGUGAUGAUUUCUUGAUUGGUCGUUAUAGGGAUAAACACGCUGUUAUCGAAGAACGAACUGAGGCCAUCAUCAGAAAGUUUAUCAGCUUGGGCUACAUGGCCUCUGACGUGGAGUGGAUCCGUCAUCAACGCGAGUGCCAGCAACCAGCUUUGCUCACUGAUCGAAUUUGGACACGCAUCCGCCCGCUCCUGGAGCCGGCGGUUCUGCAAAAGAAAAGAGAACGCCUCGAGCGAGAGAUGAAAGGCAUUCGAUCUGCUAGGAGAACCAUUGUCCACACUUCUUACCAAGAGUUCCAGACAACGUUGAUGCCGUCUCAAUGGAAAUACCUCCCUCGAACCGUUGACAUCUGUGCCAUGGAACCUUUCGCUAAGGUCGUAGAUGCGGAGGCGGACGUCACGGUUACCGUAGCGGAUUUUGUGGAAGCCUUCCGCCAGCUACCUGACCUGCUCUCUGCAGCGUUGGAUGCUCGCAAGCUGACGGUCCGAAAGUUGUUCGAGAACCGCCACCAUCUCUACCCGUUCGAGCUCUGGGAAUCGAGAACCAAGCAACCUCCUCCGAGUGCGCAGGAACCAGAAGCAGGAGAAAUCAUCGAGGACGCAGGACCGCCGUCUCAGCCACUGGACCCCCUGGACCUCGCUACAACCGUCUUUGCUUGCCAGGAAGAGCCAUGCAGUGGCUACGGCAGUACGGCCCCCUACCUCUUCGGCUGGGACGGUAUCGCGUCGCACAACAACUGCAGACCAGACUCGUUCUCACCUGCGGCGGACCGAAACCUAUGGUAUCUGCAGCGAAUCGAGGUCAGCCCUGCCCCGCCCAAGGUCGCCUUCAGCGUUAGUGGCAGUACCGCUGUACGUGCUGUUGUCAAAGCUGCUGGACUCGAUGAGAAGACUGCCACGGUCUCGGACAUGGAUGCAAAGGAUCUUCGUUUCGAAUGUUCCGCUUGUACCGCAAAGAAGAAAGUUGGGGCCACGUCCUGGACGAAACCUGGAUAUAAAUGGCGGGACUUCACCUACCAUUGCACUGUGAAACACCAUAGUUCGGUGGAGAAUGUCGUCGUAGUUAUCUCUCCUGAAAACUGUGUAAAGGUCAAAGAAGAUGAAAUGAAUGACCCCAAGCGAGCGAAGAACCUGUGGACCUGUGGACACUGCUCGACAUACCACAACCUGGAAAGAAGAGAGGUCGUUCUAGAGCAUCUCAAGACAUUGCAUAACAUCAGCACAGCUCGUGAACCUGACGACUUAUUCUUCCUUGAGCGAACAAUCUCGAAGGACAUCUUCGAGGCAGGCUACCCCGUCGAUGCCCCUGUCACCGCCAAUGGUUCCGUGAAGACGAUCAACUGUCUUGUAUGCUGUAACGGCAAGCCGUCUGGAAAGAAUCGCGUGUUUAAUCUUUGUGGUGUGAAAAGUCACUUGAACGACAAGCAUAAGAUCCACGCUCCAAUUGCCGAUGUCCACUAUCGUUGA